UUUGACAUGAAUUGGACUAAUACGAUUCGCGCACCGACGAAAUAAGAGCCGGAAUCAUGAGGAAAUAUCAGAUUUACGUGAUUUGUUUUGUUGUUUUGGCUUUUGCCGCUGCCACAGCUACAAGAGUUUGCAGCAACAGAAAUAUCUUGUGCUCUGUGGUUAGAUCAACUAGUUGUUCAAAGAAAAUCGUUUCCAGUCAUUGCCCAAGGCUUUGCAACACAUGUGGAGCAAAAUGUCGAAACAUAAAGGCGUCAAUGCGCGUUGAUUGUGGCUACCAUGGAAUUAGUCCGUUGGAUUGCUUGAGAAAGGGAUGUUGUUAUGGCGAAUUAAAGGUGGCUGGCCCGUGGUGUUAUCAUCGAAAAGCAAACUGUCCCAUGAUUGAAGCAAACAAACGUGAAGAUUGUGGUUACCCUGGGAUAAGCAAAUCAGAUUGCGUCAAAAAAGGAUGCUGUUACAACGCGAUCAAGGAAAAGGGACCGUGGUGUUAUUACAGGCAAGAAAAAUGCCGGAAAAUAGCAGCAACAAGACGUCAUGAUUGUGGUUAUCCAGGCAUAACGAAGCGGGCAUGCGAGAAGAAAGGCUGUUGUUAUAGUGAAUUGCUAAACCAAAGUGGACCGUGGUGCUACCACCGCCUAGAAAAAUGUCUGCGCAAAGCAACAGAACGUGACGACUGCGGCUAUCCUGGUAUAACAGAAUUCGAAUGCAUGAAAAGAGGUUGCUGCUAUAAUUCAUUGCCCGGUCGUGGGCCAUGGUGUUAUUACCGAUGAGAUACGAGGACCUUCGGAAGAUUAUAUGCGAACUUUAGUGUACUCAUUGUUGUAAAAAUAUGUUGUCAAAUAAAUACCUCUAAUAUAUGAACUUUUCCUUCCCAAU